AUGAUCCUCUCUCUCAUUGCAUGGCAGGAUUCCUGGCCAGAUAUUUCACAGGCGAUAGUCAGAACCUUGACGUUUGAUGCGUUAGGUCUCACGCAUACGUGUUGCACGGAAAUCAAUUCACAUAGGGUUACAUAUUUUUCUUUCCUGGCCCGCGGAGGGAGAGAUGAGACAGAAAUUGACAGGAUCUUGGAUGACCAGCAUUUGCUAAUCAAAGAAUUUGAAGAGCUGAUGGAAGAGAUGGAAAGCAAACUCGACGAGCCUGGUCUUCCCCUCGAAGAGUUCCUGGAUGGCUACUGGUAUGACCGCGUAAUCGAGUAUCUUUCGCGGCGUGACCACUACGACGAGGAGCAUGUCACAGAAGCAAGAAGGAUGGGAAUUUUUCUCAAAGCAGAGGAGUUCUGCAUCCCCGACAGAGUGUCAUUACGAUUCCGACCUCGGGUUCAAGAGCUGCAGGAUGAUUCAUUGUUGAAUGGACCUGGAUGA